UAACAACGAUAAUCGGUUUCUUGCUGUUAGGUUAUGUUAAUUCAACGAAUAAGUUGUAAAAUAAGGGUUACUACAUCGUGGGGAAAACUGCGCAACACUGAUAUUGGAGACAUUAAAUACACGUUAAUAACACCAAUUUCAACCCCAAAAACGUAGUUUUUUAACAUUUUUAUACGUAUUUUAACAGCGAGAAUUGACUUAUCGUUGUUAAAAGAAGCUAAUUUAAGGAAUAAGUGGUAAAAUAAGGGUUAUUAGAGACCGGAGAAAACUGCGCAAUACUCAAAUUGCUGACAAAAUAAGAUUAUAUGGCUAAUAUAAUUCGCUCUUGGAAGUGUUGCCAUACUGAGAUCAGUGAGAAGGAGUUCGGAGGACAUCGAAGGAGUUAAUGGGGUGAGAAUGGUACAAUUGGUCUGCAGCUGCCUAAAUAUCCGCUUGCAUGUGCGAGAGACACCCGAAGCCUUAGCCCCCGGCGUGCCUAAUCUUAAGCCGGAAGAAAGUCAACAUCCUUUCUUCUCCAAGGGUGCUUGUGUUGCCACCCUAAAUUUAGGAGGUAUAACAGAAGGACAAAAGUUUUUGGUACGAAGCUACUUUGUCAGUGAAUGGACAAUCCAUGAGUGCCUCAACUGUCAUCUCUUGACACAUGCCAUUCAUUCUACAAAUGGAACGGUUGCUGUUAGCUCUCUUUUGAUUAAUGAUGCUAACAAAAUUCAGAUGCUUCAGAGAUGUGAGGGAUACUCACCUGUGUUUAACAUGGUCCUCCCGACAUCUUUAGAUAACCGCCCGUUACCGCCACUAUCGCCUACUGACUUUAACGAUAAACGCUUGCCUCAGGUUGAGGAAGCCCUUGGUGCCAUCCAGCAACAGGUUGCAAAGUUCCUUAAAAAGGCUGAAUCACAAGUGGAGGCCAACAUACGUUCCUAUACUGAGCAACAGCAGGCAGCUCUCAGUGCACUACAAAUACGUGUGAGAAGGGAGAGGCAGACUAUUAUGAGAAUUCUCUCUAACUUACAGACAUCAUUUGAAUUGCAAAGUGAAGAAGAUCCCUUGGAUAUGGAAAUGGAAGGUGCUAAGGGUUUGAUGGGACAAAAGGAUUACCAUGACUUUUCGGAGGUUGAUAAAUUUGAUGAAGACCUGGAUGAGGCUGAAAGUGAUACGCUUACUCAGGAUGAGCCUGAUACUGCCUUACCACCUCUUGUUAACAUUCAGAGCCGAGCGUCCCAGCCCCUGAGCUUAAACCCUUCCCAGGGGAUAACAGCAGGAAUGAGAAACAUGAGGCUAUCAUCUUCUGUAGCUGUACCAAGAGUGAAGCCGCAGGGAAAUGUGAGAGUAGCUCAGUCGUUGGAUGUUGAAGGACUUUUUGAUAUGGAUGGAAUGGUUGAAGCCAGUGUGAUGCCUUCACAAGGAGCCUAUCAUUCAGAUGAAGAGGACACUGAUGAUUCAAAUCAUGAUGAAGGGAUACAUAUCCCUGGUGGUCAAGAUAGAGUUCGAGACAUUGCUCAGUCAGUCCCAGUAAGUGUGCCUAUGUGGCCUGGGUCACGUCCUAAGCAACUACCUGAGCCACUAAACAUUGAAAUGCCAAGCGAUAAUGACCAGAUGGCAGCUUCUAUACAGGCCUUGGCACGAAGUGUCCACAGUACAUCUGUUGACCUUUUUGGAGACCUACCCCGGCCUGGUCGCCCCCGUCAGCCACUUUAGGAGCCGCCUUUGGUAAUGAUGUAAAUGUUCUACCUGCUCUAAUCUGAAGAACUAUCAUGUGUGAAUUGUGUAGCUGUGACCUUGUAACAGAAAAUAUGUUAUAAAAAGUGAAAGAUCAUAUUAUAGACUUUGGCAUGGUCUUGGAUAUUUUAAAACUAUUAUUAAAUAAAGUCAGUUCAUUACAUGCUUCAUAUAAAAUACAGUAUAAUCUGUAGUGAUUUUACAGGAAUGAGAUUGUGAGACUGAAGGUUGUUCCCAUGUGAAUAUCUUACAUUGUUUGUAAUGGAUCCUAGAAUGGUAUUGGUAUACUGUCCUAUGUUCCAAUUUGCUAUAGUUAAGUUUUCAGACUGUUUAUGAAAGUAUGUUAAGUUUGUACAUUGUACUAAUGGUAGCUGCAAGUUGUAAGACAAGUUCAAACCAUUAAUGGAAAUUUGAUCCGUAUGCUAAACUUAUUCACUUGAUUAUUUGCUGGGAGAGAUACGGUAGCAAAAAUCUUAAUACUAAAGCUACAUUAGAAAUUGCUAAUUUUGAAAUCUUUACAGAAAUUGAGUUUGACAAAUAUUGUACUAUAAGAACAUUUAUUACCUGCCAAUAAUUUAAGAGAUUGUAAACUGAAUAUCCUUUAUUGAGUUCAUAAAACUUGCGGUUCAUGACUUAUAAAGGUUUUCCCUUAUUUAAGCUUUCUACUGACAGCAUGUGUUUCUAAUUACAGUGGGCACUAAUUUUAUGUUAUAAUUAGUUACAUGACAUAGUGAAUGUAUGUUGUGCAUAAUAUGCCUGCUUGUUUGUCAGUUCACAACCAACGUUUGAGAAUAACCACAAAUAUAGCCCAUUUCAGAAUUUGUUAACAAUUAUGAGUGAUUCUUUCAUGUUUGAUGAAUUUAUUGUGAUGUCGUUGGAUUAAUUUUCAGGAGCGCUGAACUGUUUAAAGCUCAUUGAAAAUUAUAUAGAUGCUGAAAAUGUAAACAAUUUAUGGAGUAAGUGGAGCCGUUGAUAGAAGACUUUUAUACUCAAUCUGUUAAAAGAUAUUUGUUCUGAAAAUCAGAUUUUUUCAGGUUAUGUACCAGCAAGUGCAUAUCUUAAGCGCAAAUGAUAUAGAGUAGCAUGUACAUUUUUAGUUGUUUAAUGCAGAGCAUAAUAUUUUUCAGCCGCAAAUGUUAGUUAUGUUUGCCAGUAAUAGUACAGCAGUAGUUUCACAGUAGCAAAAUAUUUUUGUAUGAUUUUGAAACAAUUUGUAAUUCUAACUGUAUCAAAGGUUGAGAAUUUACAUAUAUAAAUACAUAAAAAUUAUUACCACACCAAGGUACUGGAAAAGUGAACAGUGAACAAUGGUAAAUCAAGUGGACAUAAAUUAUAUACAUAGAGAAAAUGCACUACUCAGAAUUGUCAUUUAAAAAAAAUGAAAUGCAGUGCUCUCUCAGGUAUCCACACAAAUAGAUUCAAGGUUGUGGCAGGAAGGGGUGUGAUAUAGAUAAGUGUGAUUUCCUCUGCUAAGCCUACCCUAAACUAUAGCUUAACUGCAGUUCAUUCAUCCCACUCCAUACAAAUGUACACUCUAAAGCAUAAAGAAUUACCAGAAGGAAGAGGAAUAAAGCAUUGAGGUAAGAUAAAGUCCAAAAAACACUUUUUGUACUUGCUGUGCAACUGAAUAUACUUCACUUUUGCAAGAAAUAAUGAACUUCUUUGACCAUCAUGAUACCCAAACUAUUGGUCAGUAAUGCAUAAUCAGAUAUGCACAACCACACAGGCAUUCAAAACAAUAUGCUAAAGUAACUGUAGAUUGAAUUAUAAUUGUAUUAGACUUGUGCUUUACAGUACACGCACACUUAAAUGAGAAACAGCAGACAUAAAAGUUAAUGUAACAUCUGUGUGCUGCUGUGCUACACAAGCUGUUCAAGAUUCCUGUCCAUUUUCUUUAAGUUAUUUUUAACCCAUUUUCUGUUGUAUGCACACACUACAGACCAUGCUAGCUUAAACCAAGGAAGAAUUUUUAAACAUAUUUUAUAUUAUGUUGUAACGUAGAAUUUUUGUAAACAAAACGUCUAAUGUUUAGGCAGUUGUUUGUUAAAUUAACAACAUUUUUAUACAAUGCUGUAUACAAAAGUUUACUUGAAUGUCUCCCCAAGACUUAUUAUUAUUAAUAGGGCUUAGUUUUUCCAGACCUCUCCCUAAGACUUGCCACCAUGUGCAUACAUUAAAUAAGUUAAAACCAGUGAACAAAAUUCAGCAUUUUACAUAUUUUACUGUACAGUUUACUGUCUAUUCCACCAUAAAGUCCCUCCAUGCAUUGCUGUAUGUUUAAGAAUUGUAGGUUUUCUCAGGGUCAGUAACAUCAGAUACAUAAUAAUAAUAUAUACAUGUGUAAAAACAUGGAAAGAAAAGUUUUAUAGCUGUGCAUGCACAUCUUUUGGUACCUUAGCAACACAAGGUAAAUGACUAUUACCCUUAACCUGUGGAUAUUGUCAAGCCAGUCAGCGCAUGACAAAUUAAGGCAAUCAAACAUCUGUUUAAGCAAUUAUUAGAACAGUAACUGUUCCCACACAGUAUUCAGUGUUCACAUCCUCUGCACAGUAAUAACUCUCAUGCUCACUUUGAGGGGUUUUGUUCAUCUGAGCACAUAUAACUGCUUCACAGUACUAGGGAUGCAGAAAAGGUGGAUAAGUGAGAGAUUACGGUAUGUACCAAGUUCUUUCAUCUUGUUUCUUAUAAGACAGCAUCAAAGAUCUUGGUGGUCCCUAGUUUUAUUUUAAUUUUGUGGCAUUUGUCGAUAAAUAUACGUAAGGUCUAAUAUACUGGGUAUAAACAGUCAUCCCCAGUAACUUAACAUAGUUCAUGAUAUUCACUUGAUUGUGGAAUUGAACACACAGUCUUAAUUGUUUAACCAACAUCUGCCCUUUGCAACUCUACAUGCAUAUACUAGUACAUACACUUGAGAGCUGUUUGUUAUUGUCAUGUAAAUAAUUUUGUAAACAACUUUACUCUGGGUUACAGCUGUAAGACAUGCAGUAUUUGUACUAUAUUUUCAAGAUUUUAAGCCAUGAUUUGAAUGGUCUUGUUUUGAACAAGCAUAACAUGUUUGCUUCAAGAUGCUAAUUGAGCUUCCACACUGUAAGUGUUAAAAUUUUAGUGAUAGUUCUACUUUUAAUUGUAAUAUUACCCUCAAGACACAUUACAUUUACGACAUUACCGAUUUUCUUUAUUUUGAUUUAAUGAAGCUGAUUUCACAGUUUAGUAUAAUAUUCAAACAGUAUUAAAGUUUUAUUGCGAGCUGAAAACUUAGGGAGUGUUGUAAUAUUAAGAAAUGGUAUAUCUUAAACUUUUUAAUAUGAGAGCACAAUUCAGAAGUUAUGCGUAGAUUUCUGUUCUAAUUUUAUAGUUAUAGAAAAGCAAGAAUAGAAACUAAAGUAUAUUGGUUAUCGGGUAAAGUUUGGCAUUUUUUGAAAUACGGUAGCACCUCAGCUAAUUGGAUUUCAAUAUUUAACAAAGUUUAGAAUUAAUGGUUUUCCUUAAGAAAAUCAGAUUUUGUAAGAAACAAUGACAUCCAAUGUGUGCAAGGUAUGCAAGGUAAACAUGUGGAGCAAACCCAAUUGAUGUUGAACUGUGUAUACAUGAAGGUGAGUGGUUCCAUUGUUGCCAGCUCUUGGUGUUUUCAAACUAUCCUGUUUUUGCAAAUAGACCAUGAUUUUGUUCAUAUACUUCCUUGUGCUGAACAUUUUAAAACUGCACACAUGGUUGGUACAAAUGUUAAGUCACAUUAAAACAAAUGUGUAGUUCAGAUUGCAUCAAAUGUGUGUGGUUCAUUCUAACUCUACACAAAGUUCAUCACAGUUUUUACGAUCUUUUUCCAUUUAUUCAAUUAUUGCUUUUCACACAUUACAAUGAAGUUUCUUUUAUGGGGGUAUUGAAGAGCUGGCUGUCAUCUUUUCAUGUUGGGUUCGUCUUCUCCAUUCUGCAAAGAUGAUAUCUCCCUCUGGAAUUCUUGUUUGUCUAGUGUUAUUUGCAUUUCUAUGGUUUGAAACUCAUGUAGCUUGGCUUCUAAUUUCACUGUUGGUGACACCUCUCCUUUUUUGGAGAUGUCCUUUCUGUCCUUUGAUGGAUGUUGGCUCUCACUGAUGUGUCCUGCUUUUCAAAUCUUCAAGUGCUUUUGCCUGUUUCCAAUUUCUUGGUCUUGUAGUAGUGGGGAUUUUUCUAUAAUUUACUUCAGAAUCUUUGUUGCCCCAGGAUUUCUUCCUCUCACAUUGUCUGGCACCACAAUAUUUUUAAAGUGCGGGGUUGGAUGUUUCCUUCUUGUCACAGAGUUGUUUUAGGGGCCCUGAAGUUCCCCAUUAAUUCAUGGCUUGGCAAUCUUUGUAUAGAAGAGUGGAGAGAAUGGAGGAAGAUGCGAGAUUAUGAUUUACGGGUUGUAAUGAACAUUGUUUGUUGUAUAAUAAAAAUUUGUCAUAAUUAGACUGAUUCACAGUUUAGGAAGGAAGAGAAGAGUUACUAAAGAGAAAAGGUGACAGAUUAAAAAAGUCCAAUUUUUGUAGAUGGCAGACAGAGGCAAAUUUGGAAAUCUAAGUAACUUCUAAUGUAUCAGAUACAAGAAAAGACAUAGCCUUGGAUAGUACAUGCACCAAGCACCCGAGAGGUAAAGGCAGGUACUUCAAGAUAAACAUAAUUGGUGAGGUUAAAUAGUAGAGAAGAAAUGCUCAAUCCCUGAGGGUAUUGGUCCUGGCCUAGGUUAGUAUGUGAAUGGAUCAACUCAUUUUUUUUUUUUUUUUUUUUUUCAUCCUGUGAUCAGGAUUCUGAAAUUCUAGUUUUGAGUUAAAAGAAGUCAAAUUGCACUUGCCUUAGUACUUCAGAACAGGUAAUGUUUUAGUCAUACUUCAUUACAAAUUUUGAUUUAUCUCUAAAAUGAUCCAAGUUUCCAAAACUGCUUGAGAUUUACCUAUACCGUACACUCAGCAAGGUAAAGAAGUAAUUUGAGUUAUCCGGCUGUGUCACAAGGUAAGAGUAACAGAAUUUUUGUGUGUGGGGAUUUCACAGACUAUCCCAAAACCAUAUUCCACAUCAUCUGGUAAGUUGAGGUGCUACUGAAGUUUUUCCUUGUGCCAUGCAAUCCUCCCUGUUAGUAGUUAUAUGCUAGAAGAAGUUUUUUAAUUAUACAAGACAUUAGUUCUAUUAACUUAAGUUUUUAAUUUUUGAUUAUUGGGUCAUGAUGUGCCAUUGUAGCUCAAUUUAUCUACUUACUUUCAAAUAUUGUGAAAUUGUGUACUCAAAUAUUGUGGUUCAUAGAAGACAUACUCCCAAAAUACAUUGUAAGUCCCCUAAGUCUUUCACAUAAAGGUAAAUCAAUAGUCAGUCAGUACAAAUCUUUGUGAAUUGGGUCACUUGAAUAACUAUCAGUAUAAUGCUAUUUCAUUCUUACCAAUCCAUUACUCUGCUUAUUAAAGGAGGGAAGGCUCUUCAAAAAUAUGAAAUUGUUUGAUAAAUAAAACAUACAAAAAGUUUU